CAUUGGUAGAAACAGAAGAACAGAAAAUGAAGCUUUGGGGUUUGGCUCCCUUAUUGGCCCUUUUCAUUCAUGGUGUUGCAGGAGAUGGCUUUGUCAAAACUGGAGGAAUUCGUUUUCUGUUGAAUGGCAGUCCUUAUUAUGCAAACGGCUUCAAUGCUUACUGGCUGAUGUACGUCGCCUCUGAUCCAUCUCAGAGGUCGAAAGUCUCCGCUGCGUUUCGCGAGGCGUCGAGCCAUGGCCUUACGGUUGCAAGAACUUGGGCUUUCAGUGAUGGUGGAUAUAGACCUCUUCAAUACUCUCCUGGCAAUUACAAUGAACAAAUGUUUCAGGUAUCUUUCAGGAUUCAGACAAAUGUUGCUGUGUUCUAUCUUUCUUGUUUUUGCUUCAUUCAACCUUUUCUUUUACAGGGAAUGGACUUUGUUAUAGCUGAGGCCAGAAGAUUUGGAAUCAAGCUGAUAUUGAGCUUAGUUAACAACUAUGAAAAUUUUGGAGGGAAAAAGCAGUAUGUAAAUUGGGCAAGAAGUAACGGGCAGUUCCUGAAUUCUGAUGAUGAUUUCUUCAGAAACCCAGUUGUGAAGGGAUUCUACAAGAAUCAUAUCAGGACCGUUCUGAACAGAUACAACAGCUUCACAAGAAUUCAUUACAAGGAUGAUCCGACAAUAAUGGCAUGGGAGCUUAUGAAUGAGCCUAGAUGCAUAUCAGACCCAUCUGGAAGGACAAUCCAGGCUUGGAUCAUGGAAAUGGCUUCCUUUGUGAAGUCAAUUGAUAGAAACCACUUGCUAGAAGCUGGUUUAGAAGGGUUCUACGGACACUCAUCACCUCAGCGAAUGAGCGUCAACCCAGGUUCUUCUAACAUUGGUACAGAUUUCAUAGCCAACAACAGAGUCCCUGGCAUAGAUUUUGCCACUCUUCAUUCCUAUCCUGAUCAAUGGCUAUCAAGCUCAAAUGAGCAAUACCAGCUUUCAUUCCUAAACAAUUGGAUUUCAGCCCACAUACAAGAUGCAGAGAAUAUUCUACACAAGCCAAUUCUCCUCGCAGAAUUUGGAAAAUCAUGGAAGGUUCCAGGUUUCAGCACAAACGGAAGGGACCUUCUAUUCAACACAGUAUACUAUAAAAUAUAUUCAUCGGCGAGAAGGGGUGGCGCCGCUGCCGGAGGCCUCUUCUGGCAGCUACUGACGGAAGGAAUGGAUUCUUUUCGCGACGGAUACGAAAUAGUCCUGAGCCAAAACCUUUCAACAGCAAACUUGAUUACUCAACAAUCUCGCAGACUCUAUCAAAUCAGAAGGAUUUUCGCUAGAAUGAGAAACAUCGAGAAGUGGAAGAGGGCAAGGGCCGCAAGGGGUAAACGAAUCGGAAAUUGAAAAAAUUAAACGCUUACCUGCAAAAUGGAGAAUCUGGGUUCGUGUUCUAAUGGAGGAUGGAGGGAUUUCGGGCAAUGGUUUCUGUCUUUGAGAUGAAUCGUCUUUCGUCCAGGAGGAAAGCUGAAACUUUUUUGUGGUUUUUGAUCUGGGGUUUGGAUGUUUUUAUAGAUAUGAACUACAUAGAUCAUAAGAAAUAACAGAGUUCGAGAUGAAGUUGGUUGUCAAUUUUAUAUACAGUGUGUUUGCUGGUUUGUGAUUUUGUUUGGAGUGUUGUAACUUAUUUGAAUAUCUAAUAGAGUUUCUACUAUGAAUCCUUGAAUGAUAUAAUACUCGAUUAUGCA